CUCGUUGUUGUCUCGUCCUCGAUGAUGAAAGAUAACUAGUGUAGUCCCGGCUUACAUCCUCUGGCGUCACACAAUUUUAAAGCUAAAAUAAAAUAUUUCUGAACGCAGUCGUACCUAGGUCCCACCACGCCAUCUAUACCUGUCAACUCAUUCGGUUUUCCGUGUUUAAUGGCGUCACGUUUGCGGUCGUGAAAAAUUUGUUAUUUAGUGUUUUUUGUACUGAAUAUUCGAAAUAAUGGAAAUAAAAAGGAAAGGAGAACAUAAACUUCCUCUACUGAAAAAGAUUCGACGGUUGGAAAAGAAAAUAAUCAGUUUACCGGAAUCCGAUGACGAAGUUAAGGAGAUUGAAGGUGAAAUUGAAAGUGAAAAUGAGAAUGAUCAUCCUGAAACAGAAUUCCUCGAGGAUCUUAUCCUUGACGAGGAUUACAACAAAAAGGAGGAAUUAGGGGAUGAAGUACUGAAUAUACUAGGAGUGGCUCCCGCUCCAACCCCUAAGAAUGCACUUCUGCUCAAACAAAUUGCUGAGAGAUGGUGCGAGAUCCUGGAGAAAGGACUGAAAAAAGAUGAAAAAGAAACAGUUACAAAAGACAAUCCAGCCUUCCAGAAUGUACUCAAGAUGUGUGCUCAAAAACAUAAUAAGGAAGUUGCCGCUGCUCUAAAGACAGGGCUAAGAGAAGGGAUCAAGUAA